AUGAGCGGAAAUUUCAAAGGAGUGCAAGCAAUUAUUCGAAAAGAAUAUCCGGCCGCGCUUUACGUACACUGUAGUGCUCAUUCUUUAAAUUUGGCUCUCUCUCAUUCCUGUAGUAUUCAACAUAUUCGUAACUGUAUUGGUACCAUAAAAUCGGUAGGAAAUUUCAUUAAAGGUUCAGCAAUGCGAACCGAAAUUUUAAAAAAAUACAUUAAAGAACAAUUUCCUGAAUCUAAGUGGACCAAACUUACAUCAAUGUGCGAGACACGUUGGGUAGAAAAUCAUGACGGACUAAUAAGAUUUACAGAAAUUUAUGGGGCAAUUGUUAAUACAUUGGAAGAAUUACAGUUCACUCGUGAUAUUGAAACGUCAUCAAAAGCAUUACAAUUUGGAAAAACUAUUAUAACCAGUGAUUUUGUAAUAAGUAUGGUCUCAGCAUCUAUACUUUUUUCCUUAACAUUGCCACUGUGUAAGAAUUUACAGUCUGUAAAUUGUGAUUUAACCGAAGCAAUGGCGUAUGUUGAUAUUGUACUACACGAAAUAAAUGAUAUGCGAAGUAAUAUGGAUAAUACAUUUUCCAAUAUUUUUAAAAAAGCUGAGGCUCUUAUAAAAUCAAUUGAUGACGAAGAAUGUAUAAGAAUACCUAGAAUUGUUGGAUAUCAAAAAAAUCGAAGUAAUAUUGUAGUGAAUUCACCUGAAGAAUACUACCAAUUUCUGGAUUUGGAAGUACUGCCACAAGAAAUUACACUGUGGAAAAGAAAAUGGACUGACGAACUAGAUGUAGACCGUCCAAAUUCGGCUAUCGAAGCGUACAUUUAA